AUGGACCAACAAAAGAGGUGGUAGGUGCAGUGAGUACUUUAUUGUAGGUAGUUGUAGUCUAAGUAUCAUCUAAGCAGCCCCCUCCCCUUCAUUCUAUAUUUUCAUCCUCGAUAUAUGGCAGAUACAAAACAGCAUUUUACCGCAAAGGACGACUAGCACCUCUUCCAGGCGCGGCUCUAUACACGACUUUCACAUUAAGACACUACUACUACAACCGUUGAUAUCUAUAUAGUAUAGAGAAAUUCCACAGCACGCCGUGAUGGGGUCUCAAGCUACAGAACCCGAUGCUCGACCUGUGCUCUUCUUCGAUAUAGACAACUGUCUAUACCCAAGAAGUAAGGCUUCGCACAACAACAAAGUAUUCAAAUCAUGCUCAAGACCACUGACAUCGGUAUCAAUAGGUAGCAAGGUUCAUGAUAUGAUGGCGAAGCUCAUAGACGAGUACUUCGCAAAGCACUUGGGGCUAUCUGAAGCAGACGCUACACGGCUGCACGAGGACUAUUACAAGAACUACGGACUAGCCAUUGAGGGACUGGUUCGAUUCCACAAGAUUGACCCUCUAGAUUACAAUGCAAAAGUCGACGAUGCUCUUCCCCUCGAAGACGUUAUCAAGCCGAACCCGCAGCUGCGGAAGAUGCUCGAGGACAUUGACAAGUCAAAGGUGAAGCUGUGGCUCCUGACAAACGCCUACGUCAACCACGCACGGAGGGUUGUCAGACUUCUAGGUAUCGAAGAUCUUUUCGAGGGGUUGACGUAUUGCAACUACUCGGAGGUCCCGUUCUUGUGUAAACCGCACCCAGAUAUGUACGCCAAAGCCAUGCGAGAAGCCGGAGUUGAAAGGCCAGAGGACUGCUACUUCGUCGGUACGUACCUAAAACUUGUCUACCUCAUGUCUAGCGUGAUAAGAAGCUCAUAUCUGACAGAUGAUUCCUUUGGAAACUGUGUUGCGUCACAGAAACUCGGUUGGACAACAGCUCACUUAGUAGAAGAGGAUGUGCCGGAACCACCAACAAAGGCCUCAAAAUAUCAGAUUACAACCCUGGAAGAAUUGAGAAAUAUCUACUCGCAGUUCUUCAAAGCGUCGACCUAGAGAUAGAUUUUGUAAUGUCAUUCAUCUGGAAGGACUGCAUUGGGGGGCAUAUAGGUAAAGAUCAUUAACUCGGGAGCUAUAUGUAUUUGGAGGAUACAAUUUAGAAAAACCAGAAUAGAACAUAUGCGAAUGUCUUGUCAAGCAUUGUACAGUCUCGUGAAACAAAUGCGUUCACCGUUAAGCCGA